AUGAGAGCUCUAGCAAAUUUUCUCUCUUGCUCUCACAAAACUCUGUCUAUUCUUUUUCAUGAAGUCCUCCCGGAAUUCAUCCGGCUGCUCAUCUUAGCCCUCUGCGUUCUCUGGAACUACUACAACGUCGUCAGGACGAAUUACAAGUACGUGUCGAUGAUCAAUGAGAAGAGCCCAAAAUUCUCUUACAGGAAAGGGGCGAGGCCGGAGCUGUCCGAAUGCAGCAUAUGUUUGUCGGAGUUUGCAGAAGGGGAAGAGGGGAGGGAGGUUGUGGAGUGCAAGCAUGCAUUUCACAGACGCUGCUUGGAGACAUGGCUGCGAGGGUGCUACAUGGCUACGUGCCCGUUGUGCAGGAGCUUGGUGGUGCCGGAGGUGGUUGUGGCGGAGCAUCGACAGAUGAAGAUGCAGUUGGAGAAUUGUGCGGUUGAGAAAGAGUUGGCCCUCAUCUUAUUGAAUGCUUUGCAUGUACGUGGAAGUUGUAGUUAUGGUUUCUUUUAG